CUAAAAAAAUAAUAAACUAUCUAAAAAUUUAUAUAUUAUUAUAAUUGAUAGAAUAAUAAAUAUAUUAAAUAUAAAUUUAUAUAAAUAAAAUAAUAGUUAUUUUUGAAUUAAGGAAUAAUUAGAUGUAAAUAAACAGAAAUAAUUGAUGACGCAACUGUACUACAACUCUUAGUGGAUCCUUUCGCAAAAACAGAACGCGAGUUUCAUUUCCAUAUUUUUUGUGAAAAUAUGGAGAAUGAGAACGAUACAAAUACCAUUGGAAAUGAUACACAAUAUGUAAAAAUUUGUGAACAGAAAACAUGUUUCAAUACAGAUAAAAAGUUAUCAGAAUUACAUCCAAAUUUGAGUAAACAUCAGCUGAAGAAAGUAAAAAAAAGGGAAAAAUGGUUGACACGAAAGGUUGAACGAAGAUUACGUGAGCGAGAAAAAACAAGACAGAAACGAGCAUUCGCUCGUGCAAAUAAUAUAGAUCUUGGACCAUCCAGGAAAGCUUUAAAGAAAAGUACAAUGGCAGAUAGCAGUUGUAAAAUUGGGAUAACAGUCGAUUUAUCUUUCGAUGAUUUAAUGAUUGAUAAGGAUAUUGCAAAGUUAACUAAACAAAUACUAAGGUGUUAUACUUUGAAUAGACGAGCUAUUGCACCAAUGCAAUUUUCCCUUACUAGUUUUAAUGGGAAGUCAAAAGCUGAUAUGCAAAAGCACAAUGGAUAUGAACAUUGGGAUGUAAAAUUUCAUGCAGAACCUUAUUUGGAUGUUUAUCCAAAGGAAAAAAUUAUAUAUCUUACUAGUGAAUCAGAAAAUAUUAUUACGCAGUUAAAAUGUGAUUAUGUGUACGUUAUAGGUGGUCUUGUUGAUCAUAACAGUCAUAAGGGUCUCUGUCAUAAAUUAGCUAUACAAGCUGGUAUAACACAUGGCAGAUUACCUCUAGAUAAAUUCUUAAGUAUGAAAGCAAGGAAAGUUUUGACUGUUGAUCAUGUGUUUGAAAUUUUACUUAGAGUCAGUGAAGGAAAAACAUGGCAGGAAGCAUUUCUACAAGUUUUACCAGAAAGGAAGAAUGCACAAUUAAUUGUACCAUUAGAAAACAAUAAAGAUACAUUACAUAUUUAUAAUGACAAGAAAGACAUUUUUCAGGCAAAUGAUAAAAUAGAAUCAAAUGUUAAAAUUAAUGAAUUUGAAAACAUGAAUAAUGUGUGUACAUAACAAAAAUAUGUUGUAAAUAAAAAAGUAAAUGUAAUAUUGUAGUAUA